UAUAUUGCUAGAAGGAUGACGAGGAUGGAGCUGCCAGGCGAGAGAGCGAGAGGAAGAGCAAAGAGAAGGUCGACGGAUGUCGGAGUUGGAGAGGAGGAUGCAGGAGAGAGGCCGACGUGGGAACGGAGGACGCGCUGUGGCGACCCCGUACGGGACGAGCCCAAAGGAGAAGAAGGUCAAAGCACGUGUGCGGUCGCCACAUCAGGAAAUAGAAUUGAAACCAAUUUUCUCCCUUUCUGCUUCAAUUCAAUGGAGGUAAUUCUGCUCCUUCUGGAGUGUGCGCCUUGGCCACCCGGGGGCAGUAUAAUACCUACGAAUAGAGAUGUGGAGAGGCUCAGCUGUGGCGAUAAAGAAUAUAUGCCUUUUUCCAAAUUCGUGAAUCGGUGUACCCGCGGGCGCCGAACGGCGAGCCUGCGAUUUUGGCCUGGCCCCGCCCUGCUCGGUGACGCCACGGGCGGCCUCGCCAAUCGGACGCCGUGUUCACGCGGCGCUUUUAAAGCGCGCGGCUCCAGGCGGGCGUCACUUCGGCGCAGUUCUCCUCUCGCGUCCACGAUGAUCGUCGUCCUUUUGCUGUGCGCGCUGCUCGCGCCCGCCGACCUCUCGGCGCUCCACAAGCGCGCCGCCGCCGCCGUCGGCUGCCCGGAGACGUGCGACAAGUCCCGGUGCGCGCCCCCGCCCUCGCCCGCCGACUGCCCGGCCGGGGUGGCGCCGGACGCGUGCGACUGCUGCGCGGCGUGCGCGGCCGCCGAGGGCGAGCCGUGCGGCGGGGACGCGCGCCGCUGCGGCGACGGCUUGAAGUGCGCGGCGAGCGGCGGCGCCGACGCCACGAGCACCGUGCGGCGCAGGGCCGGAGCGGGCGUGUGCGUUUGCGCCAGCGCCGAGCCCGUGUGCGGCAGCGACGGCGUCACCUACGGCAACGUCUGCCGCCUGCGGCGAGAGCGCGGCCGCGCGCUCGUGGUCGUGCAGAGGGGCGCGUGCGGCGAGGGUCAGAAGAACCCCGACAGUCUUCGCCUCAAGUACAACUUCAUCGCCGACGUGGUGGAGAAGAUCGCACCCGCCGUGGUUCACAUCGAACUUUACCGCAAGAUGAUUUAUUCCAAGCGGGAAGUGGCGGUGGCCAGCGGCUCGGGUUUCGUCGUGUCCGAGGACGGACUCGUCGUCACCAACGCCCACGUGGUGGCCAAUAAGCAUCGAGUCAAGGUGGAGCUGAAGAGCAUCGGCACCUUCGACGCCAAAAUUUUGGACGUUGACGAGAAGGCCGACAUCGCUCUCAUCAAAAUCGACGUCCACAGCAAACUUCCGGUGCUGCCGCUGGGCCGCUCGGCCGACCUCCGCCCCGGCGAGUUCGUGGUGGCCAUCGGGAGUCCCUUCUCCCUCCAGAACACGGUGACCACCGGCAUCGUCAGCACCACCACCAGGGGCGGCAAGGAGCUGGGCCUGCGCAACUCCGACAUGGACUACAUCCAGACGGACGCCAUCAUCAACUACGGCAACUCGGGAGGUCCGCUCGUCAACCUGGACGGCGAGGUGAUCGGCAUCAACACGCUGAAGGUGACGGCGGGAAUCUCCUUCGCCAUCCCGUCCGACAAAAUCCGACAGUUCCUGAUGGAGUCGCACGAGCGCCAGGCCAAAGGAAAGAGCAACGGCAAAAAGAAGUACAUCGGCAUCAAGAUGAUGAGCCUCACGCCAACUCUGGCCAAGGAGCUGAAGGGCAGACAGUCGGACUUCCCGGACGUGACGUCGGGCGCUUACGUCAUCGAAGUCCUCAGUCGGACCCCCGCCGAGGCCGCCGGCCUGCGGGAGAGCGACGUGAUCAUCAGCAUCAACGGCGAGCGGGUGUCGUCGGCCGGCGACGUGAGCGCCGCCAUCAGGCGCGACGACGCGUUGCGGGUGGUGGUGAGGCGGGGCAACGAGGACGUCAUCCUCUUCGUCGUGCCGAGGACGUCGAGCCGUGAGACGGCCUCCGGCCGCCAGGGGGCGCUGUGGGCGGACCGCCUGCUGAGUUGAGGGACGUUGCGUACCCUUGAGACGUUGCGUCUCACGCGCACAACAAAGACACACACAAGCAUUUGCUACUUGUGUGUCCGUCAAGUGGUUGCUUGGUUACUGUGCUUCGUUUUGAAGUUGUUUUUAUGUCUAUGACUAUUUUUCUAAACAGAAAAUAAAAUUCCUUGAGGUGUUUUUA